UCUUAUCGUGACUUACUUUAUGACUUUGAACUGUUUGUCUCUUAUACUUCGCCGUAGAAAAGACGUGUAAACACAGAAGAUUACAAAACUGUUCCAGAAUUCCAUCAGUUCAACUCUUUGAGGGUCGGGGAUCUCGUUCUCGCUACAUUUUCUUUUGUUGAUUAGCCUAACAUGGUUGUUGGAGGCGCAUGACACAGAACCUUCCCUUGCUAGAAAAGCUUGAAAUCUAGUUCAGACUGCUAAAAAGACAGACGUCAGACGUUGAUCACAUUCACUUGACAGGAGCUUGUCGUCUAACGUUAGCGGGUAAUGAUUUAUCAGAUUAGAUGGCUUUUGAUUGACAAAAUGUUUAAAGUUUUUUUGUUUUGUUUUUUUGUUUUCAUGAUAGCUAGCUAGCUACCGACACCCCAAGGGCAUGGAGGAAGCCAGUCAAGAUGCCUUUGACAGAGCCAGGCUGCAGCUGAUCAAAGACGGCUAUGAGAAGGCCUUUGAGUGCAUCAACAGGGGCCUGACCGAGGAUGAAGCUGGCCACAAGGCCCAGGCCCUGGCCCAGUACACACAGGGACGCCAGCACCUCCUCCGGGCCAUCAGUGUGCCCUCACAGGGGCAUGAGUGUGUGGGGUGCUCCUGGGAGUCAGCCCGCCAGAUGCAGCACAAGAUGCAGGAGACUCUGAACAACAUCACCACUCGAUUGGCGGUCCUAGAGACCAGCCCAGACCCUGAGUUCCCACCACCUCUAGAUGCCUCUAAUGGAGUCCCAGGGACAGCCUCUAACUCAAACCUCUACCCCAAACUGGAGAAGGAGAAACCAGAGCGGCUGUCUCCACCCAAGCUGCUGAUGAUUAACCGCCAAAGUGGAGCUGUGGGAGGCAGUGUGUUUCCCUCCUUGCCUCUUUCUCCCACUAGACAGUCUGUGGUGCCUGGCGAGCUGCCCCCAGCCUACUCUUCCCAGGCGGCUGACGGCCACCUGACUAUCUCCUACGGGACAGAGUCUGGAGAAAUGUCGCUGGUGGGAGAGGAGUUCUACAGCCACAUGUCCCCCUCUCCCCCCUCUCCUCAUAGCCUGGGGGAGGAUGGAGAGGAACUCUUCUUCCUGCCUCACGGGGUACAGAUAUUCUUUGUCACACCUGACGGCCAGGUCAGUGCUCCCUCCUACCCAGGGUACCUGCGGAUGGUCAAGUUCACCAGCCAGCAGUCAGAGAGAGUGCCCAACCGGCCCCCAGCCUUCCUGCAGGUGUGUGAUUGGCUGUACCCGCUGAUGGCCACUGACUCCCCCGUCCUGCUGUGUAACACAGGGGUGUUCAUGUUCCCCGACAUGAUGGCGUCUGCCCCGGGGUCCUACGUGGGCGUUGUACUGUCCUCUGAACUGUCUAUAGAAGACAGACAGCUGUUCCAGGACCUGCUGUCCCAGAUGACAGACCUCCGGGUGCAGGCUCCAAAUGAGGCAGCAGACAGCAUCAACCUGAGCCAGAAGGUGUCUAUUGCUCCCCCCGAAGAAGAGGAGGCCCCAGCAGCAGCAGAGGAGGAGGAGAAGAACCUGCCAGAGUGGAGUGAGAAAGUGGCCAGCGGCAUCCUCACAGGGGCAUCGUGGCUGAGCUGGGGCCUGGUGAAGGGGGCUGAGUUCACUGGCAUAGCCAUCCAGAAGGGGGCGUCCAAACUGCGGGAGCACAUCACCCCAGAGGACAAGCCAGCCCACGUCAGCCCCUCUGUCUCCAAGGGAUUGCAUGUAGCCAAACAGGCCACCGGGGGCGCUGUCCGCGUCAGCCAGUUCCUUGUGGACGGUGUGUGUAUGGUGGCAGGGUGUGUGGGUAGAGAGCUAGCUCCCCACGUGAAGAAACAUGGAGGCAAGUUGGUCCCGGAGUCCAUGAAGAAAGACAAAGAUGGACGAUCCAACAUUGAUGGAGCCAUGGUGGUGGCUGCUAGCGGAGUUCAAGGCUUCGCUACCAUGUGGACUGGCUUGGAAGUAGCAGCAAAGAACAUCACCGUCUCUGUUGCCUCCGAAACCGUCAACACUGUCAAGCAUAACCCUCCCCCUCUCAACAGUUGGUUGUGUGUGAUUAUAAGGUAUGGCGCUGCAGCCGGCCAGGCCACAGACCAUGCUGUGAACUCAGCCAUUAACAUGGGUGUCACCGCCUUCAACAUUGACAACCUGGGCAUUAAAGCUGCGGUGAAGAAGACUGGCAAACAGACGGCCGUGGCCAUCCUGGAGGACUACCAGCUACGGGACCCUAAUACUAACCAGAAACAAGUAGAGAAACGGGACAAAUAGGCCCCAUCCGGGAACAAGUCUACGUCCCAAAUGGCACCCUAUUCCAUAUUGUCACUACUUUUGACCAGACAAAAUAUAGAGAAUAGGGUGCAAUUUGGGACAGUCAACACCUAACCCCAUGACACUUACCAUAGCCCUUACCCGCAGUGCACUGGUGUCGAUAUGAGAGGUCUGGAUAGGUGUAAGCAAAUUGGCAACUUCUACCUGCAUAGUCUGUCAAAGGGAAAGGCUGAGGUACUACCAUAUUGAUUAAACAUAUCCUAUUCUUUCAGAUCUACCCAAGUGCCUAGAGUAGAGGCUAGGUUUGCUUCCAAAAUGGCACCCUAUUCCUGAUUUAUAGUGCACUACAAAGGGAAUUGGGUGCCAUUUGGGAUGCACCCCGUGUCCUCUUCCUCUCUUUCCUUUAUGAGCUUUAAUUACAACACGAUUUGUAUUCUUCUAUAAAGAAAUCUAUCUAUACAUAUAUGCUUUAGUUGACUAAUAGCCUCUAGAAAUGUUACUAGGGUUUGAUACAACUGUUAAGCACUUUAAUCUUCAUAAUGAACGGUAUAAUGACAUUAUAAUAAUGUCAAAUAUUAUAGUAACUAAGAUGGACGUUGUGUGUAGGUAGCCUGAUGUAUAAUCGCUAAGUUAUUUGUGUUCAAUGUUGGUGAGAAGAGGACACCGGAAUUUAAAAAGUCACGUAGGUGAUAUGAAUAUAAACUGAAAGCAGGAUUCUUGUUUAAAUUUCAGAUGGAACUGUUUGUUUCAAGACUACUGCUGUUGACCUAUUGUAGUAACAGUAGUAUUACUGCAGUAGUACUGUAGUAAUACUGUUCACAGUUAAUGUAUCUAGAAGUAAAGGUGUAACUGAGGUAAAGUUGCACAAUUCUGGUAACUGUCCCAAAAUCCCCAGGUUUUCCAGAAAUUCUGAUUUUAGGAAUCUGGAUGUUCUGCUUAUUCCCACCUAGUCUCUUUCCCCACCCGUAACCUGAGGCCUGCAUUGGGUUCUGGGUUUCAAGAUGAAUUCACUCCUGAUUCCUGGAAGUUCCAACCAUGAUUUCUGGAAAACCUGGGAAUUUUGCAAAAGGGGAGGGGGAGAAACCCAUCAGCAUGCUAACUAUGUGCUAUAAGAAUACAUGUUUGGGUUCCUUUAAUCAAUGAAAUAAUGUUAAUGUGUGAAACAAGACGAAACCCAAGCAUGCACAGGAAUAGUUAUAUAGCCGUUGAGGGUACUAUAUCAGAUGGAACAGGGUUCUCUUAAGGUAUACUCUUGUCAUAUGACUUUGUAAUGCAGAGGAAAGAGUCAAUCCAAACGUAGAAGCAGUGGAGGUUUGAACUGGUUUGAGAAUGGUUUAUGGUUUGCUUAGUAUGCCUUAAUAACCAGUUACUACAGGCUGUAUGCUACUGUAACCAUAGGCCAAUGCAGCCACCUUACAGAUAGCAAGCCCACGCUACUGUAUUGUCCCGUGGUCCAGUUCAUUAUCUUUGAGAAUCUAUAACCUAUCCUUUCAACUUGGUAUCUGAUUAUUACUUUUUAAAGCUGUGACAUUAAUUUUCUAUGAAAGGACAAACACAUUUUUUUUUUCAUGUGAUGUAAAGAGAAUCAUAUUCAAUGUAAUUAACAUUUGGACAAUUGUUUUUAACUAUGACAUCAAACAAAUCAUUAUGGAAAAAUGACAGAUAUAAAUACAUUAACAGUUUCGGCACAAUUUGAGUGUGUUAUGAUUAGUGUCGUCGUAUAUGUGUUAUGUUGUCAACAUACUGUAUUUAACUUGUAAUGCUGUCUACCAUUCAUUAUUUACCUUGGGCUGAUGUUUUUUCAAUGUGAAUUGUCUUCAGUAAUAUUUCCCCUUCAGGGUUAAGUGAAGGCAAACUGUCUUUUUGUGUGAACUUAAUCUCAUGCAGUCAUUAAAUACACAUCAGCAUUCUCACAAAGUGGUUGUGAUUUUCCGAAUAAUGGCUCUGUGCUUCUGUGGCCCUAUGUGAACAAAUAGUCACAUGGUCUGAUGAUUAACCAAACAUCUGAUAUGUAAUAAAAAGCUAUAGAAGAA